GGCCAGGCUUGUCCCCUGCACUCCUGUGUGUGCUCAGAGAGGGUUGAGAGGACAAUCCACGGCAUCUCACUCAGCCAUGGCCUCCAGUGUGGGCAGCCUCGAGAACCUGGACCUGCUGGAUCUCCUCUUCGACUGCCAGGACUGGAUCCUGCGUGGGGUGGAGCUGGGGACACCGCCGGGAGCCUGGCCCCAGGACAGGUGUGCUCCAGACAGCAAGGACCUCCUGAGCUCCAUCCUGGGCUCCGGGGACUCGGUGUCAGACUCGCCCAGCUGGUCCCCGGCCACCAGUGACAGCGGGGUGUCCGAGGACCCCCCCUCUGACCAGCACGACAGUCCCCCCCGGGGCUGUGACAGGGGUCCCCGAGAGGUCCUGUACCCCUACACCGACCCCUGCCAGGCCCAGCCCCCCCCGGCGGGCUCUGGGGUCCUGCACCCCGAGGUCUCCAUCGACCUGGACAUGUGGCACCCUGGGUUCUUCCUGGAGGAGAGCCAGGACGUGCCCGUGGUCCCCCCUCCUGCAUCCUGUGCCCUCACCGUCAAGGACCUGCUGCUCUCGGGCAGCUCUGACAAUCAGCCACAGGCUCCUGGCUCCCUGCUCCAGCCGAGCCAGGGCCCCUUCCAGGAGCUGGUGCUGACGGAGGAUGAGAAGAAGCUGCUGGUGAAGGAGGGGGUGACCCUGCCCAAGCAGCUGCCCCUCACCAAGUACGAGGAGCGGGUGCUGAAGAAGAUCCGGAGGAAGAUCCGGAACAAGCAGUCGGCUCAGGAGAGCCGCAAGAAGAAGAAGGAAUACAUUGAUGGGCUGGAGAGCAGGAUGUCGGCGUGCACGGCCCAGAACCAGGAGCUGCAGAGGAAAGUCCUGCACCUGGAGAAGCAGAACUCAUCCCUCCUGGAGCAGCUGAAGAAGCUCCAGGCCAUGGUGGUUCAGUCGAGCAACAAGGCAGCACAGACAGGAACCUGCCUGGCGGUCCUGCUGCUCUCCUUCACCCUCAUUGUCUUCCCCUCCAUCAGCCCCUUCGCCCCCAGCAAGACUGAGGCAAACGGCGACUUCAGACCUGUGCGAGUUUUCUCCAGGUCCCUGCACAACGCCGCCGCCUCCCGCGUGGUUCACACCCAGCCCCAGGCCGGGGAUGAGAAGCUCCCGGAGCCGCUGUGGUCGGAGGAGACGCCCGAGACCCUGCCCGAGGCGUUCCAGGGCACAUUCCCGACACCGCCGGACAAAGGCUCCCUCCGGAAUGACACGCGGGCAUCGGCCCCCGAGGGGCUGAGCCGUGAGGACGGCGACCACGGGGAAGCUGUGGCAGGGGAUGGCACCGUGCCACAGCCGGGGCUGCCAUCCCUGGCGUGGUCCAAGCCCAGGCACGGCCGGCCCGCGGUGCUGGAGCCGGCGGAGGAGCUUUAGGCAGAGCAGGGAGCACGGGGGUGCUGUGGGGUGCCAGCACCUCAUCCCCUACAGGACAAGCCCUCGGGGGAGCCCUCCAGGAUCUGCCUCCGGAUGCUGGCCCUGCUUGGCUUUGCUUGGAUUCUGUGAACUGGGAAGAAGAGACCUGUUCCCACUGGCCUUACUGGGAGGGAAGGGGCUGCUCCUGCCCCCCGGCACAGUGGGAGUUGUGGAAGGGACAUGGGGUCAUCAGGAUGGAGCUGAAGAAGCAGAAGGGGCCCUGGUCUGGU